AUGGGGGACAGAGCUGAGCAAGGACACACGCAGGAGAAUGGACGUGGUGACGGCGCAGCCAGAAAACCCCGCUCCUCUGCCUGCAACAGCCUGAAGAUGUUUCUGGUGGCUCUGUCCUUUGCCUAUUUUGCAAAGGCUCUGUCGGGGAGCUACAUGAAGAGCACAAUAACUCAGCUGGAGAGACGCUUUGACAUCCCCAGUUACCUAAUAGGUGUCAUUGAUGGGAGCUUCGAGAUAGGUAACCUGCUGGUGAUAGCCUUCGUCAGCUACUUUGGGGCAAAGCUCCAUCGGCCAAAGAUCAUUGCAGUGGGAUGUGUGCUGAUGUCCAUCGGCACCUUCAUCAUCGCUCUGCCUCACUUCAUCAUUGGACGCUAUGAGUUUGAAACCUCGGUACGGUGGGUAACAAACUCAACACUUAAUCCGUCUCCAUGUCCGGUGGGUUCCGCAGCUGACCUGACCCGAGAUGGUAAACUGCCGGAAGUGCCAUCCAAGGGUUGUGAAAGUGAGUCCAACCUGUCAAUGUGGAUCUAUGUGCUCCUGGGAAAUGUCCUGCGAGGGAUCGGAGAGACGCCGGUUCAGCCUCUGGGGAUCUCUUACAUAGAUGAUUUUGCUACCGAGGAGAAUGCUGCUCUAUAUGUGGGCUGUGUGCAGACCAUUUCAGUGGUUGGACCAGUUUUUGGAUACCUGUUAGGCUCCCUGUGUGCCAAAAUCUAUGUGGACAUUGGAUUUGUAAAAAUGGAAACUAUCACCAUCACCCCUGCCGAUGCCCGCUGGGUGGGGGCCUGGUGGCUGGGCUACCUCAUAGCUGGGGUCAUCACCCUGCUCUCUGCUAUUCCAUUCUGGUUUCUCCCCCGCUCUCUGCCCAUGUCUGGGCCUCGAGGACCAGAGAAGUGCACACCAGAGCAGACGAGCUUCAUCAAAACCCCACCCCCCAUGAAGCACAAGUAUCCAGCAGAUGAACAUACCAGUUUUAUAGAGAUGGCCAAAGACUUUAUUCCAUCCCUGCGCACUCUGCUGGGUCACCCGGUGUAUCUGAUCUACUUGUGUGUGACAGUCAUUCAGCUGAACUCCCUCAUCGGCAUGGUCACCUACAAACCCAAGUUCAUCGAGCAGCACUUCAGGCAGUCUGCCUCAAAGGCCAACUUCCUGAUGGGUGUGAUAAAUAUCCCCGCGGUGGCACUGGGGAUGUUUUCAGGAGGUCUGCUGAUGAAGAGGCUCAAGCUUAAUCUCAUGGGAGCAGCCAGGUUCGCAUUCAGCACUUCUCUGAUUGGCUACUUCCUUUCGUUGUUCUUCUUUGCGAUGAGCUGUGAGAACGCCAAGAUAGCCGGAGUGACGCUUUCGUACGACAGCGUGGACAGGAUAUCUUAUGAUAAACAUCCAGUGUUCACAGCCUGUAACUCGGACUGCUUGUGUUCAGCGAGCGACUGGGACCCGGUCUGUGGAGAGAACGGCAUCACAUAUGUUUCUCCCUGCCUCGCUGGCUGCUCCACUUCUGCUGGCUCAGGGAGAAACACUGUCUUCUCUAACUGUAGCUGUGUCGGUGUGGCUGGUAACUUUACGGCCACUACAGGUCAGUGCCUCCACAAGGACGACUGCGAUGGGAUGUUUCCGUACUUCCUGGCUCUGUCUGUCAUCACUUCCUUCAUCAUCUCCCUUGGUGGGACACCAGGCUACAUGAUUCUAAUCAGGUGCAUAAAACCACAGCUGAAAUCUCUGGCCUUGGGUUUCCACGCUCUGGCAACACGUACCCUCGCGGGGAUCCCAGCACCCAUCUACUUCGGAGCAAUCAUUGACACCACAUGUUUAAAGUGGGGUCAGAAGAGGUGUGGAGGCCUAGGAGCCUGCAGAAUCUACAACACCACCGCAUACAGGAUUGCGUACCUGGGCCUGACACUGAGCCUGCGGACUGCCUCCUUCCUCAUCUGCAUCCCGGGCUUCAUUCUGCUCAGUCGACAGCUGAAGAGGGAGGAGAGAAACGCCGUCCAAGCAGCUCUGGCCAACGGCAGCACGGAGCUGGAGGCGCUCAGGAAGGAGGAGCUCACGAUUUCUAAUUCUGACCAGUUACAGCAAAUGUCAGACAACAGCACAGACAGGGAGACACGGCUGUGA